UCAGGAUUUUUUUUGUCAGUGUAACCCGUCUGUUAAGGCCAGGUUAGGCUUAGGUAGGGCUAGGUUACGGUUAGAAAUGGCUAGGUAAGGUUGGGUUAGGGUUAGAUUACUUUUAAGUAGGAUUAUGGUUAGGAUUAGAGACGGGUUGGAUUACUUAUUCCACGAACUUAAUGAAGUAUUAUUUUUUUGUUUGUUUCAGGACAUGCAAUUUGAAGAGGAUGCUAUUCGGCCUUGUCGGGCUUUUACUGCUGAUAGGGAGUUCGAGUUGCCAAAGCAAUUCCCACAUCACUAGGCAACACCCGACAGAUCAAUUUCAACUUUACGGCAAUUGCCUUGAGGAUGCUUGCGUCGAGGAAAGCAGCGGCACGGCGGAACUGGCCGGCUCUUGCACUUGCAAAUGCCUACCCCAUCUGCCCGUCUUCAGAGAAGAUUUGCACAUAUGCGUCGACGACAUCCACGAAUGUACACUUGCUCCAUUUGUGACAGGAUCAACCCAUCAAAAAGUACCGUACGUUUUCCUUCCCCUGAAAGGACAAAUCAUACACCCCAGUUCAGCAAUCCAAUUUACCGAUGUCACCGCUCCCAUUUGUGUCGUGUCAGGGGCUAAAUAUUUGACAAAAAAUGGUUGGACAGAACUUAGGAACAAAUCAGAGGCGGAACCACCUUUUAGAUUGUUGAAAGAUGAAGGAAAAACUUAUUUGCAGUGGUUGGGAGAAAGUGACCUGCGCCUGUCAAUGGAAGGAAGGCUUAUUUUGAUUCACCUUCUAUGCAAAGAUAUGGAUGAUAUUGAAAAUCAAAAUAACAAUAUUUUCACUCCAUGCGUUUCAUUUAGAGUUGCUGGUACACCAAGUGAUACCAAUGCAUGGACAGGUGUAAGAGAGGUGUCUUUCUCAGUAGAUAGCCAGAACAAUAACAAUGGAAGCAUUGGAUCAGGUUACAUUUCAGUCGCUUUGUGCUCUGUUGUAAUCGGCCUGAUAUACGUGGCAUCUGUCGUCCUGUAUAUUCAAUUGAGAAAAAAGAAUACGAAUCAAAAGGAACCAUCGACACCGCACAUAGGUGUUGCCGAGGAGGGAAUCGUUAAGAACAACCCACUCUUGAGGCACUGCCAUGACAAUGUUCUUUAUCUACCAGAAUCCGCCCAUUCGUGUAGUGAUUCUGAUGGAAGCUCUGACAGGAUCCAACUGUCAGAUGAUAGCACGUGUGAACCUGCUGUUAAUGUUGAGGUCACGUCUGCUGUAGUCCACCCUUGCACAAUUUCAAGAGAAAAAGAAAAGAACACACUGUCAAAUAUCCAAUCGCAAGAUAAUAUCAUUGAAAAACAUCCAGAAGAGAAUGUAUCAAUUAUUGAAACUCUUGACACAAGGGAAGAUAAGCCAGAAAAGAUUUGUGCUAUUGCUUGUUCCAAUGUCAGACGAAAACUGUACUUCAAUCCUUCAUUCUUUCAGCAUGAACUACUAUUGGCCCCACCACCUGCAGCUAUUGAAUUUCUGACAAAAAUUAGAGAAGUGAUAUCAAUAGCCAAAUCAAAGAUGCAAGCAAAACGCUUUUCACCAUCACUUUUAAGAAUACCCGAAGAAAAUGAAAAUAAAUCCAGUGAUGGCGAGACUUGCAAUGGCAGUCGGUUGAAUCAGUAUGUACCUUCCGUGAAUUCGAACAAGCUGCUUUCGUCCGACGGGUUGAACAGUUGUCGUAAUUGUUGUAAAACACCAGAAAACAAACAACGCAGUGUAGAAAAAUGGCUAGCGAAUGUUCCUGUGGUUAGCAAUGAAUUUGGCUCUGCUGAUGAUACAGAUGAAAAAGCAUCUGAUUUGAGUGAAUGGGUUACGGAUAACAAUAGUUUGGAUAAAUUAAGAAAGAGUUUCUUCCAGCAGGAUGAUGAUGUAAUCAGUAGUGAAGAAAAUCCUUCAGAAUUUAACGUGAACUACUGCAAUCGAAAGCUAUUGCUAUAUGAUAAUUUAACAAAGAAAAAAGGAGAAACAAUGCUCAAGGGUGAUAAGACGCCUGACAUUCUUUAUACCAUACCGAUUAUUUCUACAACAGAAGAAACAGGUAAAAAUAACAAUAAUCAGAUGACAUCAUCUACAAGCAGUUUUAAGAACUUUACAGUAAAUGAAGUAAACCAGGAUGAAGACAACACCACUCUUUCACAUUCAGACUCAUCUCUGGACAAGAAACCUGAUGAGCAAACUUCCCAGUAUGAAUUAAUUUGUAAUAAAAACUACGAAGGUGAAGAAAACGGUUCUGAACUUGAAACAAUGAAAUUCAAAGGAGGCUUUGCAGUUUCUUGUGAUUACAUUGAUAUUCAGAACACUACAGGUGGCAUUCAGUCAAAAGAUCUUAAUUUUCCAUAUUAUAUAACCAAUAAUCCAUAUACAAGGAAUACACGUGCAAUGUCUGAAAUCCACUUGAAUGAAAAGAAGGAUGAUCAUGAUUAUGAAAUGAUAAUGUUAAACAACAUUGAAGAAACUAAAUCACUUCCGGAUUUUUGCAGCAGGCCUGGUGGGUACAGCUUGAUCAGUGAAGUAUACGUAAACAGCGGUUUUGGAUUUUCAAGCAGCCAGUCUAGUAUAAAUAGCAAUAAUGAUUCAACUUAUUCUCCAGUGGGUGGGAAACCAGUCAGUGUCAGCAAAGACGGUUUGGAACAUCUUACAAUUAAUAUUAAAGAAAGUCCAACAAAUCACACCGAUGAAGAUUCUGAUAAUUUUGAACCUGACACCCUGGAUCGUAAACCAAAUAAUUUAGUAAUUCCUGGUGAUACAACAAGUAAACUUCAAAUAACCAAUGACUUUUUUACCGAUUCACUGGAGAGACAAGCACAGAUUUCAUUAAAGUCGACGGGAAGUUUCAGAAAAGAUUUCAGUUGCAUUCAUUCUACUGCGAUUCCUAACAGGAAUCGUGGGGUUGUUUUAAACCGGGCAUUUGGAAGUUUACGAGAAAUAUUCAUGGCGAAAAAUAAUUACAACCAAUGCACUCACCGUUCUUCCAAGCCUUGUUCUUUCACAGAUGUACUUAAUUGUACAAACCCUCCUAAUCAGAUCUCUAAUUUGUAUUGGAACAGGGAGAAAUAUUUGAAAACACUGAAACCUGAAUCGAAGCAGGCAAAAAGACAGAGGCAGCCUGACCCACCAAACCAUUCUUUAAUUAGUCCACCCCAACCCCCUGAUUUUAUGAUCGAUCUUCCUAAUGAAUCAAAUGUACCUGCUCUGCCAACAAAGUCAUUUAAAUUGAAUAUACAUGAUGACGUUCAUGGCUGCGACAGAGUAUCCUCUCUGAGCUGUCCGUUUGACUUGAUGUGCAAUAAAAACCACCCAAUCGAACGAGCAAAUGGUGCAAAUAGGCAUCUGUCACCAAUUCCCAAAUGCCAAAUCGAGCCACGACUGAAUUUAAGGAAUUUUGAAAGAUUCCCAAACGGGGUUUGUCAUUUAGGAAAUAUUGACAACCACUGUACAGGCUCUGAAUUAAUUUCUGGAUCAAUCCAUUUACCUGAUAAUUUAAAGAUAAACCAUAGUUUGCCAAAAGUUGAUAAAUCGGCUAAUCUGUCCCACCAAGCAAAUCUUCUUCUCAAUAGAACUGAGGAUUCCGGCUAUUUGAGCACCGACUCGAAUACUUCUGACAAACCUCUGAGAAGAGAUGGCAGUUUAAGUGAAACAGAUGAUUCAUUUUUUGAUGGCGCCAGUGAAUCCGGAGCAGAGAGCAUAGCUACUGAUUCUUUCUUCUUUGGAAAAACCCACCAAAAUUCAUUAGACAAACCUUUAGAGACCCAAUCUUAAUUUAACAAUGCAUGUAUCUUUGCAUUCUAUUGUAAAAAUGUUCACUUAUAUUAGCUUGUAAGAAAUUGUA